AUGAGCGACAAACUGUUUAGAUUAGAUGCUGGGUAUCAACAAUAUGACUGGGGUAAAAUUGGCUCCAGCUCAGCCGUGGCUCAAUUCGCCUCUAACUCCGACCCUUCUGUGUUUAUUGACGAAAAAAAACCUUACGCGGAGCUAUGGAUGGGAACUCAUCACAAGGUGCCAUCGCUGAAUCAUGAUAACAAGAAGACCUUAAGCGAGCUGAUCAGCGAAAAUCCAGCGGCCAUGCUAGGCGAAGGAAUUGUUAAGAAGUUCGAAAGUAGCAAGGAGCUACCAUUCUUAUUUAAGGUGCUGUCUAUUGAAAAAGUUCUCUCCAUCCAAGCCCAUCCUGACAAAGCUUUGGGCAAGAGAUUGCACUUGGAGGACCCCAAAAACUACCCUGAUGACAACCACAAGCCAGAAAUGGCGAUCGCUGUUACCGACUUCGAGGGAUUUUGCGGCUUCAAACCUCUCAAAGAAAUUGCGGAUGAGCUCGUGCGCAUACCAGAACUUAGAACGUUGGUUGGGGAUGAAGUUAGCGAAAAAUUCAUUGCUGGAAUCAAGACUCCAGCUGAGAUGGGUUCCGCCGACGAUAUUAAUAACAGAAAACUAUUACAAGCCGUGUUCAGCAAAGUUAUGAAUGCUCCAGACAGCUUGGUUGUUACUAUGUCCAGAGCUUUGAUUAGGAGAGCGCAGGAGAGCCCAUCUGAUUUCAACAAGCAAGAUUUGCCUGAGCUGCUGAUUAGACUGAACAGGCAGUUCCCAGAUGACAUCGGAUUGUUCUGUGGAGGCUUACUUCUUAACCACUGUUGUCUUAAAGCAGGGGAUGCUAUUUUCCUUCGUGCUAAGGACCCUCAUGCUUACAUUAGUGGCGAUAUCAUCGAGUGCAUGGCGGCUUCCGAUAAUGUUGUGAGAGCAGGAUUUACUCCAAAGUUUAAGGAUGUGGAAAAUUUGGUUGAAAUGUUGACUUACAGCUACAACUCAGUUGAAGAGCAAAAGAUGGCUUCACAGCUAUUCCCACGUUCUUCUGGGGAUGGUAAAAGCACUCUUUACAACCCGCCUAUCGAGGAAUUUGCCGUUUUGGAAACUACGUUCAAGGACGGAACCGGCACAAGACACUUUGAUGGGUUGAAUGGUCCGAGUAUUGUAAUUAAUACCAAAGGUACAGGAUACUUACAAAGUGGCGAUGUGAAGUUGGAAUCUCAACCGGGCUAUGUUUUCUUCAUCGCCCCAGGCACGCCUGUUAAUUUCAUUGCCGCUGACGAAGAUUUUACAACUUAUCGUGCUUUUGUUGAACCUGAAUAA